GUUGGAGGGUCCUCAAAUAUGCUCGGGUGGGGAAGACGUCGCUGAUUAUGUCAUUGGUCAGUGAAGAGUUCCCAGAAGAUGUUCCUGCUCGUGCUGAGGAAAUUACAAUCCCUGGAGAUGUUACACCAGAACGAGUCCCCACACACAUCGUGGAUUAUUCUGAGGCCGAGCAAACAGAUGAGCAGCUGUAUCAGGAGAUCUCCCGGGCAAAUGUUAUAUGUAUUGUGUAUGCUGUAAACAACAAGAAUUCAAUAGACAAGGUCACCAACCACUGGAUUCCGCUGAUCAAUGAGCGAAUGGACAAAGAUAGCAGGGUCCCUCUGAUUCUGGUGGGGAAUAAGUCAGAUCUAUUGGAUUACAGUAGUAUGGAAACCAUCCUCCCUAUAAUGAACCAAUAUUCUGAGAUAGAAACCUGUGUGGAGUGUUCUGCUAAAAACCUGAAGAAUAUCUCAGAGAUGUUUUAUUAUGCCCAGAAAGCAGUGUUACACCCGACAGGCCCUCUGUACUGCCCUGAGGAGAAGGAGCUGAAGCCAGCCUGUGUGAAAGCCCUGACUCGCAUCUUCAAAAUUUCUGACCUGGACAAUGACGGGAUAUUAAAUGAUGCAGAGCUCAACUUCUUCCAGAGGACUUGUUUUCACAUCCCGCUGGCCCCACAAGCGCUUGAGGACGUUAAGAAUGUGGUGCGCAAGAAUGUUCAUGAUGGAGUGUCUGGAAAUGGCCUGACUCUGAGAGGGUUCCUUUUCCUCCACACACUCUUCAUCCAGAGGGGGAGACAUGAAACUACAUGGACUGUGCUGCGGAGAUUUGGAUAUGAUGAUGACCUGGAGCUGACGCCUGAAUAUCUUUUUCCACAGCUGAAAGUUCCUGUGGAUUGUACAACAGAGCUGAAUCACCAUGCUUACUUGUUCUUGCAAAGUAUCUUCGACAAGCAUGACCAGGACAGAGACUGCGCCCUAUCUCCGGAUGAGCUGAAAGAUUUGUUUAAAGUUUUCCCUUAUAUGCCCUGGGGUCCUGAUGUCAAUAACACUGUCUGUACCAAUGAGAAGGGAUGGAUCACUUACCAAGGUUUCCUGUCUCAGUGGACGUUGACGACUUACUUAGAUGUUCAGCGGUGUCUGGAAUAUCUGGGUUAUUUGGGUUAUUCCAUAGUAACGGAACAAGAGUCUCAGGCCACUGCAAUAACAGUGACAAGGGAUAAAAAAAUAGACCUUCACAAGAGACAGACGCAGAGGAGUGUGUUCAGGUGUAAUGUCAUUGGCUCAAAGGGAUGCGGGAAAAGUGGAAUACUUCAGGCUCAUUUAGGGAGGAACUUGGUGAGACAGAAGAGGAUCCGGGAGGAGCACAAGUCUUACUAUGCAAUAAACACUGUGUAUGUCUAUGGACAGGAGAAGUAUCUGCUGCUGCAUCAUGUCACGGAGUGUGAGGCCUUGUCUCCUGCUGACAUCACUUGUGAUGUUGUUUGUCUGGUCUAUGAUAUUACUGACCCCAAGUCCUUUGACUACUGCGCCAGAAUAUUUAAGCAACACUUCAUGGAUAGCCGGACUCCCUGCCUCAUAGUCGCAGCCAAAUCCGAUCUCGGGGAAGUGAAGCAGGAGAGCUGUAUCUCUCCUGCUGACUUCUGCAAAAAGCACAAGAUGCCUCCACCCCAAGCCUUCACGUGUAACACUGCUGACAACCCCAGCAGAGAGAUCUUCAUCAAGAUGACCACAAUGUCCAUGUAUCCUCACGCCCGACUACGCUGCCUCUGCACCUGCAAUAGGUGUACAUUCUGCCUGUGUCAAAACCUCCUGCACUCUGACCUCCUCCAGGCUGUAAAGAACAAACUCUUCACGUCCGUUGUCAACAGGCGUUCAUUUCAGUUUCUCUGGACAGCCAUUGCACUCUUAUUUUUGCACCAUGUCUCCCCAUUAACAGUUAACUAGCCCUUUUCAUCUCUUCUCCUGUCAGUAUAGUAAGUGGUGAUAACUCUUGCAUCUAACUGAGCUGUAGUAGAGCUACUACUCUAUCUCCACAUCAAGGAAAAUCUGAGAAUUUCCCAGGACUAUCCACUCCUGGCUGACUUCUUUCACGUGUUUGGUGUCACAAAUAUAUGGCACUAUCUGUCAUGAUACAGAGGAGCUUGUAUUAGUCCAAUUAGUCUUACACUUGCAUAAUUUAACCCCUUUGAUAAUGGUGACACAAAUUAUAUACGACGUACCAGAAACUAUAAUACUAAAGGAUGUGUUGAUGAUGACUUCACCGCUCAAUAUACUGACAGCGAUAAUGGUAUUUAAUACUCAGUACUAAUCUCCCCAUAACUAUGUGAGUACUACCAGCCAUUCUGGAAGACAUCCUAUCCAGUACCUCCCUGGUGUGUUACAUGUUCGCUAGAACUGAUCCAGGUCAGCCAUGUUUGCUCAGGGCGUCAUAGGAGUGAUUUAUUUAACCUCCUGUCUAGUUUUCCCCCCCAAAAAAACGCUCAGAAAUUCUGUUGUUGUUUUUUUUACAAAUGAAUUAAUGAAGAACAUAAAUUUAGCCUUCUCCAAAAUGAUUUUAGUUGGAAAAAAAUAAAUAAAAAAAAUAAUAAUAAUAAUAUAUAUAUAUUUAUUUUCUCUCAAACAUCGAUACAUCGGUUGGGAAGAAUGGUAACAUCGCAACGUUGAUUUUUACACCCCAGACAGCCUCCAGGUACACAAGGGGGGACUGAGAGCUGCUUGAGGGGGUGGGUUUACACUUUCCCAGCGGCUGAUAUUGUCUGCAGCCGCGGGGUGGGGGGUCCUGCUGUGCUGACCGAUCAGCAGUGAUCGGCAGCACAGCAGACACGGGGAGAGUGUAGGGAGGCAGAAGGUCCUACCGGUCCCUCUGAGAGCAGCAGCGGAGGGAAGUUUCUCUUCCCUGCCACUCCUAACACUGUUUAUCUGACUGGUCGCAUCCUGUGCGACCAGGUCAGAUAAGACACUUGCUGGUGUGGUUGCAUCUGAUGCGACCAUGCGAGGCAAGUGGUUAACAGUCAUCAAUUUGUUCCCAGUAUUAUAGUAAUGUGACUACAGGCUAACUCCCAUAAUAUAAUUCAAUAUUGGGGUUAUCCUUUGUUCAGAUUUCUAUUUUAUGUAUAUUCUCAGUAAUAUAAAGCUGAACAAUAAGUAUAAAGUCCCCUUUGUACAUGGUAAAUUCUAGCUUGUACCUCCGUUAGCUGACACCAUUUGAAGAUGGCAUUGUCCCACUUUAUGCUAUGCAUGCAGCCCCGCCGGAAAUGAAUCUUAUGAGGAUGGGUCUGAAACUGGAAGUUAAGUGAUCUUAUCAGAGUCCGUAUCCAUGCAACUGCCCCUUAGUAAAUAGCCCCAAAAUAACAUUCCAAAUUGCUGCAAUAUACAGUGAUAAGGUAUUUUAAUUUUCAGGGCUACACUGCAGUAUUUUAUAAAUACACUACAAGGUUUUGUCAUAUCACAGUUUAUUCUAUGAAUUUAAGAGAAUUAACAGGCAGCAUCAGUAGCUGUCGCUCUAUAUGCUUAGUAUACAUCAUCAGUCUCCAGGCAAUUGCUCAAUGGAUAACUUGCCAGUUAGUAAUGGUCAUCUACUGUCAUUGGCUGGACAAACUGCAGCGGAAGUAUUUUGUUCAAUGGGUGUGACCUGUUUGUAAACCACUUAGCAUUGUGUAUUAUGUCUAAAAAUGCCAGAGGCCUGUCAACAUCUUAUUUAGAAUUAAACAUGGUGAUUGAAGGAUGAUUUUGAUGGCCUGAUAUAAUACAGGAAAGUUAAUCAUAGUUAUUU